AUGAAAGCGCAAAUACUGAAUAGAGUGGUAGGAGCAGUUCCAGAAACACCUGCUUAUUUCGUUCAAGCGGCGGUCGACGCAAUAGCGAGGUGUAGUUACUACAGCAGUAUGGCCUUUACUACUCAUGGGGGCAAAAAGGAGGAGCAAAUGCGGCUCGUGGGCACGCACUACCAAUUAGGGGCCGAAAUCGGACGUGGCGGCUUUGGCGUUGUCUAUGGAGCGCUGGAUCUGCGCAACGGACGCUCGGUGGCCAUUAAACAAGUGUCUUUGCGAGACAUUGACAAGGACGAGCUCUUGGCUAUUGAGACGGAAAUCAGUUUGCUACGCAAGCUCAAGCAUGAAAACAUCGUUAAAUACCACGAUACAAUCAAGACCGAUGGGUAUCUGUACAUUGUGCUCGAGUACAUGGAAAACGGUUCGUUGGCACAGUUUGUCAAGAAAUUUCGGUUCUUGUCCGAGACGCUCGUGGCCAUGUACAUCACGCAAGUGUUGAGGGGACUCGCGUACUUGCACGAGCAAGGCGUGCUACAUCGAGACGUCAAAGGGGCGAACAUCCUCACGACGAAAGACGGAUUGGUGAAGCUCGCGGAUUUCGGGGUGGCUAUAAAACUGAGCGAAACGCAGAAGGCAAAUUCCGUAGUGGGAUCGCCGUAUUGGAUGGCCCCGGAGGUCAUUGAAAUGGCAGGCUGGUCGUCCGCCUCCGAUAUCUGGAGUGUGGGCUGCACAAUUAUCGAGCUGUUGACGACCAAGCCACCGUAUUUUGACUUGGCACCCAUGGCUGCGCUAUUCCGCAUUGUGCAAGAGGAUCACCCACCGCUUCCACAGCGCAUGUCACCGGCUUUACACGACUUUAUCAUGAAGUGCUUCAUGAAAGAGCCUCGACUACGAGCAUCGGCAGACGAGCUUUUAGCGCAUCCUUGGAUUGCGCAAAUUCCAAAGAACAAGGUGGAGCAAAGUACGCAGCUCGUUGCAAAGAAUGUUACAUCUCUCAAUGAUCGAGAUGCAGUGCUUAAAACUAUUAAACUGUACGAAAAGAGCUCGUCUUCAACAGGCAUGUUACCAAUGGUGACGGGCAAACCCGGGCGUUCCGUGAGUAUCAUAAACGAGUUGCCCGAAGAAGAUGUUGAGGAUUGGGACGAUGAGUUUGGUAUGCAUUCAAAAUCUGCACCGGUUGUGAACGGUGAAGAGCGUGACGGGAUAGAAGGCUGCAGGCCGAAUCCGAUAGUCCGUGUAACUCCAUCGACCGAGCUAUCGUUUCAGUUGUCUAAAGAAGACGCGAACGCCUUGUUUAGUGACAAUGUUUGGAACGAUGAACAGAACGAAUUUGCAGCUUUGUCGGCAAAAUCGACGGUGCAAGAUGUACGACAUUGUGGCCGUGGUAUCAGUAUUGAUCAGAGCAAGAACAGUAACCGCACAAUGAACUCUUGGGAUCAAUUAUCGUUGGCUUCAGCUGAAGGCCGGCUAGCAAAGCUUCAGCAAUUUGUUGAAGAUGCAGAAGAUGACCUUACCCUUGACGACAUUGAUGAAAAACAGCUUUUGCAAGCGGCUGCAAAGCAGCAGCGUGCCACGGACAGCACCACCACCCUCUCUGCUGGCGUCCCCGUGUUGAAAUCUCUUGAUGCUUUGAUACAGGAUGGUGCUACUGGUCGAGAUGUUGACAUUGCCGAGGGCCAGUUGGGAAACAUAAUGCUGCGUGUUGGCGGCAAUUGUGACAGCAACGCAAACUCAUCUUCAAAUGGAAGUGCAUGA